CAUGAUACCAAUAUGGUGGGAGGUUGAUGAGGAAGAUCAUUAAAAAUUCCUGCCAGAUAUUUCUCCGAGAUUUAACCGUUAUACAUCGAUCUUGAGUCAUCACAAUCAUGCCUUCAACACCACAAUUAUCUCCCCAGGAGGAGCAGGAGAAGCUACUUGAAGAGGCAAAUAACAUCGUCAAAAAUCAAUCUUUCCAGAUGAAAAGAUGUUUGGACAAAGGGAAGUUGAUGGACGGUCUUAAGCAUGCAUCCACCAUGCUUGGAGAGCUGAGGACAUCUAUGCUGUCCCCAAAGAGCUACUAUGAACUUUAUAUGGCAAUUUCUGAUGAAUUACGUCACCUGGAACUGUAUUUAGUGGACGAAUUUCAGAAAGGACGCAAGGUCGCUGAUUUGUAUGAACUGGUACAAUAUGCAGGCAACAUUGUCCCAAGAUUGUACCUUUUGAUAACAGUGGGUGUGGUAUAUAUCAAAUCUAAUGAGCUGUCACGUAAGGAUAUCCUUAAGGACCUUGUGGAGAUGUGUCGGGGUGUACAGCACCCACUAAGGGGCCUCUUCCUCAGGAACUACCUUCUCCAGUGUACCAAGAAUGUCCUUCCUGAUACUGAGGAGGACACAUCAAGUGGUGAUUAUGAAGCUGGUACUGUAGUCGACUCCAUAGACUUUAUCCUGUUGAACUUUUCUGAGAUGAACAAGCUGUGGGUGCGUAUGCAGCAUCAGGGCCACUCACGGGAUCGUGUGAAGCGUGAACAGGAGCGACGGGAACUAAGGAUCUUAGUUGGCACAAAUCUUGUCCGUCUAAGUCAACUAGAGUGCAUCGAUAUUGAGAAGUAUAAAAAGUUGGUAUUACCAGGGAUUUUGGAACAGACAGUAAGCUGUCGAGAUCCUAUAGCUCAGGAGUAUCUGAUGGAGUGCAUCAUACAGGUGUUCCCAGACGACUUCCAUCUACAGACACUCAGCUCCUUCCUCAGAGCAUGUGCAGAACUCCACGAAAGUGUCAAUGUAAAGAAUAUCAUUAUUGCUCUUAUUGACAGGUUGGCCCAGUUUUCCCAGAAUGAGGAGGGCCAGGGAAUCCCUCAGGACAUCCAACUGUUUGACAUCUUCUCACAGCAAGUCUCACAAGUCAUACAGAAUCGGCCAGACAUGCCUCCUGAGGACAUCGUCUCACUCCAGGUGGCGCUGAUUAACUUGGCACUUAAGUGUUACCCAGACAAGACUGAUUAUGUCGACAAAGUGCUAGAAACAACAGAGGACAUUUUUAACAGACUCAAUCUCGACCACCUAGAGCAUGGAAGUCCAGUGUCCAAGGAGUUGAUGAGGCUGAUGAAGAUUCCGAUAGACAGCUACAGUAAUGUGCUCAUCGUGCUUCAGCUCGGACACUUCGGACCUCUUUUUGAAUACUUUGACUUCAAGAGCAGGAAAAUAAUGAGCUGCUACAUCAUCAAUAACGUGCUGGAAAAUGACACUUUUAUACCCACACAGGAACAUGUGGACAGUAUCCUGAAUAUAGUAAACGUAUUGGUACAGGACCAGAACGACCAACCAGAGGACCCAGAAGAUCCGGAGGAUUUCGCAGAGGAACAAGGCAUUAUGGGAAGAUUUAUAUAUCUGUUACAAGCUGAGGACCUCAACCAACAAUACCUUAUCCUGAACACGGCCCGAAAACACUUUGGCAGUGGAGGUGACCACCGGAUCAAGUUCACCCUACCACCUAUUGUGUUUGCUGCUUACAGACUGGCCAUGAGGUACCGCGAACAACAGGAAGAGGAUGAGAACUGGGAGAGGAAAUGUCAGAAGAUUUUCCAGUUCUGCCAUCAGACAAUUGGAGCUUUGAUUAAGGCCGAGAUGGCAGAAAUUCCACUCAGACUGUUUCUCCAAGGUGCAAUGGCUGCUGGACAAAUUGAUUUUGAAAACCAUGAGACUGUGGCCUAUGAGUUUAUGUCUCAAGCCUUCUCUCUGUACGAGGAUGAAAUCAGUGACAGCAAAGCACAGCUUGCCGCCAUCACUCUCAUCAUUGGCACGCUGGAACAAAUGGCCUGUUUUGGGGAGGAGAACCAUGAGCCCCUACGCACCCAGUGUGCCCUGGCCGCAUCCAAACUUCUCAAGAAACCUGACCAGUGUCGCGGGGUCAUGACCUGUUCUCAUCUCUUCUGGUCAGGCAAAACCUCAACGUCUGAUGGUCCGGUAAGACAACCGUUUUUAUAAAUAGAGGACAUUCUC